GAGAACACACGCAGACAAAGCUUCCCAUGCGUUUGCACAUGUCUUUCUUCAUGUAGAGUACCUGGCACAGUCGGUGGCUCUAUAGGGUAUAGAAGAGACGUCAUUUUUUUUCUUCACGGCCACUUCACCAUUCAUCUGUUGCAUGCACGCUGUGUGAUCUUAUCGCCGUGACGCCGACAUGCGGAGGAGCCUCACACAUAAAACCGAUCAGACUCCGGGAGAGCCAGCACGUCCCAGGUAGCCUGCUUGAUGACCACGGUCACGUUUGUUUGGGUGUCUGUCACUAUCUCCCCGAGAACAGAGGGAAACAAGUGCGAGCUGGUACCCAGCGGGCUGCCACAGCUGCCUGACUUCUGACUUCAAGAAAGGCAGUGGCGCCUUCAGCAUACGUGUCGCUCUCAUCUGGAUAUAUCUGCUAGUGCGAACCGCAACCGUCAUCCGUGUCCGUGCCUAGGAGACCGACCAGCUGCCUUAGGAAGCCGCGCUUCCUCCCACCGCUCAAUCCUGGCGAGAUGGUCGGCAUUCAGAGAUGUAAAUAAUGCGUAAGAAAAAAACGUCUUCGACUUUUUUCCCCUUCUUCCAUUUUUCGUUCUUCUUUUAAUCCAUUCUUUAUAACGAUAAAUAAGUUUGAUGAUCGCGUUAUGCCCGGACUUAAACCGACGCUGUUCUCAGCAGCCGCUUUAGAACCUGCAGCGGGGGUCUCGUACUCAUACAGAAGAUGCGUGUUUUCCCGUUGAAGACUAAUCGUCGUCUCUGUAGCCAAAUCGACUGAUUUUAUCUUAAAAUCUAAACAAGAACACGUGAAGAGGACAUUGUUCCUUUUGAUAUUCACUAUUUCCCGUCUUCAGUUUACUCAAUAUACAUAUUUUUUUACCCUGUCGGAAUGAUUUUUUGUGCCACUCAUUUGCCUUUUUAUUUUCUCUCUAUAUAUCGCACAACCGUGUCGUUCUUUUCUUGAACUGCAGCUUUUGGGCGACAAAAUAAAUUGUUCCGUCUACCUGUUAGCAGGUGUUUCCCACGUUGCGCAUUAACAGCCUUUAGAUAACACCUACAUGCUUUCAUGAGUGCCGCCGGCACGAUGCAUCCAGCGAAAUAAAUUAAAGCGCCUUUUAUUAUUUUUUUUUUUCUGGAAAACAUGAUGGUUUUUAUUUUUUGCGUGUCUUACAGCCUAACAUACGCUUCUGAAGCCGAUGCAUUUCGCUUGAGGAGUAUUUCUGUACUUAACGCUGUUUGAAUGAGAUUCCUGUUACCGACCAUAUUUUUUGUUGAAGAUUGCCUUUUCCCUGGAGAGAAAAUGAAUCGCUGCCGAGAUACGCCCAGAAGCAAAUGUAAUAUAAUAGUGAACACCAUAGACAUUUGAAUCUGCGCUCAAACUGGAAAGUACAUGUGACACAUCAGAACAUUACGUGUGGAAUCGCUGUUUGUAAAUUAUAACAAUGACUUUACUGCGCGUUUGAGAUCUGUUCGGGAUUACUGUACUUAAAAGUAAUAGGAAUAAUCUGGGAAUAAAAAUCCCGCGCUGGCGGGAGGGGGGUGGGAGAGGAAAAGAUUUUCGUCUGGAAGUUGUUCCAUCAAAAAGCCGUCAAACUGGCAAUGGCCGCAGCGAUCGCCAGCUCCCUUAUUCGGCAGAAGAGGCAGGCGAGGGAGCGGGAAAAAUCCAAUGCCUGCCGCUGCGUUAGCAGCCCGAAUAAGGCGAAGGGGAGCUGUGAGAAACCCAGCCGACUCAGUGUCUUUUCCCGUGUGAAACUCUUUGGGUCGAAGAAGCGGAGAAGGCGGCGACCAGAGCCCCAGCUGAAGGGAAUAGUGACAAAGCUGUACAGCCGGCAAGGGUUCCAUCUGCAGCUUCAGGCCGAUGGAACCAUAGAUGGAACUAAGGAGGAGGACAACAGCUUCACAAUAUUCAACCUCAUUCCAGUCGGGCUCCGAGUGGUUGCCAUCCAAGGUGUACAGACCAAGCUAUACCUAGCGAUGAACAACGAGGGCUACCUGUACACAUCAGAACACUUCACACCGGAGUGCAAGUUCAAGGAAUCAGUAUUCGAAAACUACUAUGUCACCUACUCCUCUAUGAUCUACCGGCAACAGCAGUCUGGCAGAGGCUGGUAUCUGGGGCUGAACAAAGAGGGGGAGAUCAUGAAAGGAAACCACGUAAAGAAGAACAAACCAGCAGCUCACUUCCUCCCCAAACCCCUGAAAGUGGCCAUGUACAGGGAGCCCUCACUGCACGACCUGACGGAGUUCUCACGGUCUGGAAGCGGCACACCCACGAAGAGCCGGAGCGCGUCGGCCAUGCUGAACGGCUGCAAGGUCGUGAGCCAGAAUGAGUCUACGUAGCUGGGCUGCGGGGCCCUGGGCUUGGGCAAGACUCCUACUCUUACCUCUGGAUGUUGAUGACUUCAAGCAGACGUCCCUUUUGCCCACUCAAACCACGAUCGGUUCAGGACAGAGAUAAGCGCAGCACAACCUAAUCAGACUAACAGUAUAGUUUCAUUAUUUUUUUCUUUGUUUGUUUGGAUAUUAUUCUUUUCAAAAUCUGCAUUUAUGACAAUUUGCUUCCUGACGAAAGGUCAGAAAAGACCACUUAUCUUUGGUAGUUUACUGUUGUAAAGCUGAGUCAUUAUCGCAUUUUGCGGUUUCCUCCCCCCUUGAGGAUUCCUACGUUAUUUGACCGGGGUAGAUAGUAGUAGUGUCACUGGUUACUUCUAUUGCAAUGACAUGGCCUUUUGUAGCCCAAAAGUCCCUUGGCAAAGGGAGGCAGUGACCUUGCAGUGUUUACAUUUUAGCCAUCCUCUUGCAUGAGAAAUACAAAGGCUUUCAGAUGACCUGAUAUAAAAUAGGGGAUUGGGUGGGGCCUGUUGUGUCUUAAGACUUAGAAGCCGUGCCUCCUCCCGCUUGCUAAUUUACGAAAUUAGCUGUGAGUUAAUUUUUUUCGUUCCUCCUUUUUUUGCCUCCUCGGUGUGGAUGCGUCACCGUUUCGACGGGCCUCGUUACCCGAGGCAGUGGUGUGACUGAUUUACUUUGUGCCAGAGCACAGAUGCAUGUUCCAUAACAGUGUAAAAAAAAAAAAAAAACGACAAACGAGAUGAAGAGAAUGAU